CCGAGCUGGACCGAUGGCGGAUGCGGAGGCGCCCGCGGCGAAGCGGCUGGCACGCGCGGGCAGCUUCUCGGGCGUGUGGUGGAAGCUCGGCGACCCCGCGGGUGACCCGGCCGCGGUCGAGCGCCGGCUGCGCGCAGUCGCCGACGAGGAGGCCGCCGUCCGUGCCCGCAUUAGCAGGCGCCACGCCGGCGCCCGCGGCGUCCGGCGCGGCAUCGCCGUCGCCUCCCUUGCCAUCGAGGUGGUGGCGUUGGUGCAUGCUUACUGGACGGCGAGGCGGCGGCGCGUGGCCGGCUGGAGCAGGAAGCUGCUGCUCCUGCUGGCUACUCCUCUGCUCGCCGUGCCGGCCUCGGCCGCCGUCGUCUUGGCCGCGUUCGCCAGGCUCCACAAGAUGUUGGACGCGCGGGACGAGCAGCGGCUGAGGGCGCUGGUGGCGGAGCGCAAGGCCAAGAUCGGGCAGUUCCGCGGCAGCCACCACAACAUGCAGAAGCUCAGCGAGGUCUCCACUAAGUACGAUCCAGAUGCUACUGCUGCUAGUUCCGACCAGCCGGUCGUGGCCGCGGCGGCCGCCGCCUCCGGGAGGAUCAAGCGGAGCCACUCGCGGCUGAGCUUCCACAUCGGAGACGACUGACUGACUCAACCUCCAUCCACCUUCUCUGCAUCAUCCAUGGCGACGGACGCCGACAUCAUCGAUCAUGCGUGGAACAUUUAUUUGUCUUCACCGUCCGUCAGUACUGUAAAUCUGCAACGUGCUGCCACUAGCCUAGUGGCACUACCAUCAUCAUACUCAUACGUGCAGACACAUUGGUUGGUUGGUUGUACCCUUGGGCUUUUGAAUUGGGGCACUUUCUUACGAUUCAA